GCAAUGGUUAUUGCACAAGACCAUGCUGCAAAGGAGCAGAAUAGACAUGCUCAGCUGUACAACAAGAGAGUGAAAGGCUCCAAAAUUGACAUUGGUGACAGGGUGCUCUUGGCCAACAGGAAAGAGAGGGGUAAAAAGAAGCUCGCUGACCGCUGGGAAUCGACACUCUAUACUGUGGUGGACAUGAAUGCAGAGACACACACAUACAGGGUUCGCGACACAAUCACCGGCCAGGAGAAAGUGAUCCACAGGAACCUGCUGAUGCUGGCCAAUUUCCUUCCUGUGGGUGACUCAUCUGGACUGUCUGACCAUGACUCAUCCAUGUCUUUUGCAGUAUCCUCAGCCCACACACCUGAUGAUGUGAGAGAAGCGGGUGAGACUUCUUCCGAGAGAGUGAGCAGGACUCUUCGCACAGCCAGUGACAGCCUUGUUGACGGAAGUGACAGGCACUCAGCAGUGACUGUAGUAGAGGGACAGAGCCCCUUGACUGACGCAGAGCCUGCGGACUCUGAGAGACGAACCAUAGACUGGAUCACACAGUUGUCUGUACCAAGUCAGUCAGAUGUUGCUGAUGUAACAAGCGUGACCUGUGACCCUCAAGAUUCCCCAGUCUUGCUUGAGGACGACACGACUUAUGACUCUAGCCCUGUGACUGCUGUGGACGUCCUGGCAAAUACAAGACAGCCGAAUCACAACACUGUGACACAGGCAGACAAUUUGUCAGACCCUCUGCACACUACUAUUCAGACCUUGCCUAUGCACUCUGGUGACUCCCGUACGCUCACACAGAUUAGGUCUAGAUUUGGUCGCUUAGUCAGACCAGUCAACAGACUCAUACAAACCAUGUCCAGGCAGGACGUUGUUCAAGAAAAGUUUGAUGUUAAGACUGCUUGCAAGUCCAUGUUCCAGGCUUUUGCUGACUGAAGCACUUCCAUAUGGCCUGUGUUUUGGUCUGAAGUUUCCUUGUAUUGGUAAUUGAUAUUCUGUUCAGCUGUAAACUUAUUUUACUAUUGUGGGCCUACACUGCACUGUGUUAGGGUCUUGUGGGGUGUACAAGGCACCCCUGUUGCCGGUUGCUGGAUUGAGGGAUUAGCGCUGCCCUCACACCACUCCAUCCUUAUGGGAUACAUUUAGUGUUGGUUUUCUUGAUGCUGACCCUGUGUAAUUUGUCGCUUUGUAAUGUUUUCUUCAGUGAUUAUUGUGUAGUUGAUGCCCAAGUUCGAUAAAAUUCAGUGGGGGUGAGUGUAACGGAGUUAAAAAUGCACUUUAAUAAUUCUUAUUUCCAAAUGUGCAUCUGUGGAUUUUAUUUAUCAUUUAAUGAUUUUAUUGAAUAUUUGUGAAUUUUAUCUCAUUGAGUUAUUUUUAUUUAUAUUUAUUUUUGCUAUUUUUUUUCUCCUGUGGAAAUGUCCUUAGCUGCACACUACCCCUUUUGUACCUCCUAAGCUUCCGUAGUGCUCGUCUCCCUCAGUUGCGUCUUGCACCGCUGAGGGUAAGUUGUGUGGAAAAGUGCUGCUGGGUUUAUGUAUUGUUUUCUUUGGAAAUUGAACCAUUUGCGUUAAAACUUUAAGCACAAAUUGUGCCAUGUAAAUAUGGUUAUGUCACGUAGCAGUUUUGUAUUAGUGUGACCGUUAAAAUACGUUUUUAUCAGUGUUUUCCUUUUAACUUUCUGGCGCCAGUUUUACCACGGCAGGCGGGCCGUGUCAUGUUACCUAUGUAACUUGUCGGAGUUUUCAGCGUCUUGUCACUUGAGUAAACGCUGUAUUUUUGUAUGUUUAGGAAGCAGAGGUAAUGUAAGAGGAGGCCAGGGGCAAUUGAUGUGUGCAUUGUGUUCUGCAGAUGUGCGAGCCAAUAAAUCGUGGAAAAGAAGUGAUCCCAGGAGUAAUCCUUCACACACCCGACCACACCC